AUGGCUGCUCUCCCUCAAACCCCAGAACCCGAUACACCUUCCUCCUCUUCUGAAUCAGCUUCGUUGCACAAGGUGGUGGAGACGCCGGCGGCAUCCAAGAUGAAGAAGAGAAGUCGGAAAGAUGUGAGCUACAAGCACCCUGUUUACCGGGGAGUUCGAAUGCGGAGUUGGGGGAAAUGGGUGUCAGAAAUCCGACAACCGCGAAAGAAAUCUCGCAUUUGGCUCGGAACUUUUUCCACGGCGGAAAUGGCGGCCAGAGCUCACGACGUCGCUGCUAUGUCGAUCAAAGGAAACUCUGCUGUUCUUAAUUUCCCCGAACUCAAAGACUCGUUACCACGUCCGGUUUCCCUCUCUCCUCGCGAUGUUCAAGAAGCCGCCGCAAAAGGAGCCACCAUGCUAGAAUUUACUUCUUCCGGAACUCCGGCACCGCCACUACGGCCACCGCCGGGUGAUGGUUCAAAUCCGGCGGAUGAGCUGGGUGAGAUCAUUGAAUUACCGAGUUUAGAAGGAUGUUUGGACUCACCGGAGUCGUCAACGGGGUUGGUGAUGGUUGACUUAGUUGAUCGGUGGAUGUAUCCGUCGUGGGCGGUGGCUGACAUUGAUGGUUUUCUGGACUUCAUCUCUGAUCAGGUGGCGGAGAACGGCAGCAGUAAUCUUAUAUGGGAUUGA